UAAAACGAGUUGACAUUCCCAUCUGAUGGCGUCUAUUUUUUAAAACAUAAGAACAGACUUAUUUGUUUACCAGACCAAAUAUGAAUAAUAAAAAAUCAAGAAGUUCGCUAAAAAAAGGGCCGACACAGGCGGAUGAGGAGCCUGAUCCUGUCCGUACUAUAAAGCGUCGCAUCAGUUUUAGCGGCAAAAAGUUUAUAAGAGAAUUUGAUACUACGGAGAAACCACGCGACUACGACAACUCGUAUGAAAUAUCGGACCAUACCAACGGCGACGAUAGCUCCGGCCAAACCCAUGGCACUGUGGCAGCGUCUGUACUGCAAAGUACAGCCCACAUCUCCACAUUGGCCAACGAGAUGGACAAGGAGAAUACAUCGCCCAUAGCAACAACUAUAGGUUCAGUGUACGAGCAGAAUUCUCGAUUAAGCGAUUUUACACUCAAACUGCAAACGAGCAUCAAUGUGACGCUGCUACCGGAUGAAAUGGCCAAGCAACAUCGGCGAGUGGAAUCCCCGGCGCCUUUAGAGUCAAUGUCAAGAGACAGUUUGUCAUUGUAUGAAGCGGAACGUGUAAAGCUGCACGAAAAUAGUGUAUAUAGAUUGCCAGUUUUUGAGAAGACUAUGGAUCUGGUUCCAGAGAAGCUUGCUUUUGCUGAGCUAGAGCCCAAGCAUCUGGAAACGAGAGACGAAAAAAAAACUAUUGUUAUACCUGCGGACAUUAGUUGUGUGACUCAACAAGUCAGCCAGAAGACAGUGCUAUUCGAGAACAAAGACAUAUCUUGUGAUUUUACCGACAUUGAGCCAAAAGAAAGUUGUUGGGCUGCGGGUGCGACGGCAAAGCCGACGCAAGAAAAUGAAUCCAUUGAUGUGGUAGAAAAUGAUUAUAUGAAUUAUUUGCCAGAUGAUUCGACGUUGUCUUCGCCGUUAAUACCGUUGGAUGUGAUAUCAGAGAACGGGAUUAGCAAGAAAUUGAACUUUCGGCAACUGAACGAUGCCUUGGACUCUGGCCAAAUACAGUUGUUUCCCAACGGUCCGAAAACACCAACUACUGAUCGCAAAGCAAAGCAACGUCGUUUUUGGCAUGGUCUAGAGCAGCAGCCCGCGGAACAGGAUGCAUCCCUCAGAGAAGUUUUAAAGCCACGCGGCACGCUUAAUUUUAAUGAGAGCAUGAUGAUGUCGCCCAUACCGCAAAGGCCCGAGCCUAAUCUAAUGGCAACAGCAGACCAUUUCGAGCAGUCGGUCAAGGCCAAGAGCUCACAGAACCCCAGACGCAACUAUCGCUUCUCCCAGGCGGACGAGCUAAUGCUAGACAAUACUAAUUUUCUUGUCCAUGCCAAAAUAGGCGAUGAAACGCAGUCACGAAAUAGCUCCAAAUCCUCAUCGCGACGGGAAACUACCUACAAUAAUACUGCUAUGGAAUUGGAUGAUCUGGAAAAAUGUGAAGCGGCCAUGAGAGCUGCUCUGGAAAGCGCCAAGCACAAGGAAACUAUGCAACGCCUAGAGCCGAUGGAAGAAGAAACUUUAUUAAGUCCCUGCAAAAAUGCAAUCAACACAAUACAUAAGCCAGGUGCAGUUCAGCAAGGCAAUCAAGCAGAUUUGAAUCCUCAUAAAGCACAGCCAACUCAGCACCGCAGUAAGCUAAGGCAAUCUUUGCACAUGUCUGAACCCAUUGAAGAAACCUCCUUUGGCUCGCACAAUGAGUUAAAGUCAGUUCCGCCUGCUGCUUCAACAAUAUCGCAACGUAUGAGGCAUGGGCAAACAUUACACAUGGCCGAACCCAUUGUAGACGAUCUCGUAACACCACAUAUUGAAUCGGCAGCACAUCAAAUGAAAAGCAAUACCCGCAGACAAACUAUACACUCUGCGGAAGCCAUGGACGAAGAUAUCGUAAUGCCUAGCCAGGAAUUGCCCUCAAAUUCGUUAGCUCCCACAGUUGAGAAGCAGUGCAGCAGGCGCCGGCAAACAUUGCACAUGUUUGAUUCCGUUGAAGAAGACUCAUUUGGCUCGUAUAAAGGCAGCAAGACAACUGCUGGUUCCAUGAAAUCCAAACACAAUAAGUACAGGCAAACGUUGCUCAUGGCUGAACCCAUUCAGGAGGAUGUCAUGGGGCCACAAAAAGAAACGAUGCAGCAACCGUUGGAGCAGCAGAUCAGCGGGCGAAGACAAUCACUUAAUCUGGACGAAACAAUUAGAGAAGAUUCUUUUUAUUCGGCGACUACUGCUUCAGUAGAACAGCAUGACAAAAAAAAGAGACACACGAUGCACAUGGCUGAAUCCAUUGAGGAAGAUUUUGUAAGACCACAACAAGACUUACAUGCUCAACCGGCAGCUCCUACGAUGGAAGAGCAGUACAUUAGACGUAGACAAACAUUACACUUGGUUGAAUCCAUUGAAGAAAUUGUCGUUCAACCCCAAUUAAAGUUUACUGCAGUGGAACAACAGAACAGCAGGCGCAGACAAACAUUGCUUCUGGCAGAUCCCAUUGAAGAAGACUUGUUCUGUUCAAUGCCCAACGAUGCCGAUCAGCAUAAAGAUAAAUUCCCUGGGGAUAAACCAAUUAACGACGAAUUGACGCGACAGUCAGAAACUCCUGCAGUUGGCUUGCAGUCCAAUAGGCGUAGACAAACAUUGCACAUGGCUGAUGCCAUUGAAGAAGACUCUUUCUGUUCUAUGUCCACAGCAAUCAACUCGCAUAGACAUACAUUACAAAAGGAUGCGCCAAUUGCAAAAGAUGUACCAAAGCCGCAAGAAGAAUUAAGGCGACAGUCAGAAGCUCCUGCAGUUGGCCUGCAGUCCAAUAGGCAUAGACAAACAUUGCACAUGGCUGAUCCCAUUGAAGAAGACUCCUUUUGUGCAAUGUCCGCAGAAACCAACUCGCCUAGACACACAUUGCAGAGGGAUGCGCCAAUUGCGAAAGAUGUACCAAAGCCGCAAGAAGAAUUAAGGCGACAGUCAGAAGCUCCUGCAGUUGGCCUGCAGUCCAAUAGGCAUAGACAAACAUUGCACAUGGCUGAUCCCAUUGAAGAAGACUCCUUUUGUGCAAUGUCCGCAGAAACCAACUCGCCUAGACACACAUUGCAGAGGGAUGCGCCAAUUGCGAAAGAUGUACCAAAGCCGAAAGAAGAAUUAAGGCGACAGUCAGAAGCUCCUGCAGUUGGCCUGCAGUCCAAUAGGCGUAGAGAAACAAUGCACAUGGCUGAUCCAAUUGAAGAAGACUCUUUCUGUUCUAUGUCCACAGCAACCAACUCGCAUAGACAUACAUUACAAAAGGAUGCGCCAAUUGCAAAAGAUGUACCAAAGCCGCAAGAAGAAUUAAGGCGACAGUCAGACGCUACGGCAGUUGGCCUGCAGUCCCAUAGGCGUAGAGAAACAAUGCAUAUGGCUGAUCCCAUUGAAGAGGACUCUUUUUGUUCAAUGUCCACAGCAAUCAACUCGCAUAGACGUACAUUACAAAAGGAUGAGCCAAUUGCGGAAAAAACCUUAAAGCCGCGAGAAGAAUAUAGGCGACAAUCAGAAACUCCUGCAGUUAGCCUGCAGUUCAAUAGGCGUAGACAAACAUUACAUAUGGCUGAUCCCAUUCAAGAAGACUCUUUCUGUUCAAAACUAACUCCCGUUCCCGUAGAAGCUCAGUCCAGCAAGAAUGGAAAAAGUUUGCCCGUGACAGAAGCUAUUGAUAUCGAUGAGAUUAAAUCUCAUGCACAAUUGCCAGCCACAUCAGCAGCGCACCCAGCUGAAAGGCCAAGCACCAAACAUAGGCAAACUUUGCUCAUGUCUGAAUCCAUUCAAGAAGAUAUAACUAGCGCGCACAAAGUGACCAACGCUAAAUCAAAGACAAGGCAAGCAUUAAAUAUAGUUGAGCCCAUUGAGGAAGCCAUUUGCAAUGCAGCAAAAUCCUUAAAACUACAAGCAGAUCCUUCCAUCGACCAAUAUAAGAAAAAUGCAGGUCGAACAUAUUUCAAGGAGGAAGCUAUGGAGGAAGACAUCAGUUGCAAUCUAUCAAAGCCGACCACUCCACCCAAGUUACAACUAACAAGGAAGCCAAGACACACAUUAUACAGAGAAGAAGCCAUGGAUGUAGAAAUGCCAAAAGUUCCGCCACCUGAGCAGCGCGUCAGCAAGUCCAGACCCACGCUGCUGUUGUCGGACUCGCUUGAGUUGGAAUUGCUAAGCCAAAGCGCCACCGAGGAUAUUAAUAAAGCGAGAGAAGACAGUCCUUCAGAUUCAGCAGAGUGGUUAGCCCAGAGGCUUAAGGCACGUGAAGCAUUGACCAAGUCAAUGCCAGUUAAGCAGGAAUUUCCAAGUCCAGAUCAGAUUGAGAAAGGGCCACAAUAUCAAGCUGUAGACUCAAAAAGCGUCUUAAAUCGAUUUAUCAACCGUACAAGUGUGGAAACCCCUGAGAUGAAUAAAAAGCAGAAGAAUUGGCAUCAAAAUUUUUUUCCCAUCACGCCCGGUCGCUCAAUGAUUGAGUAUGAGGACCUGGAGGAAGAGUGCAAGGUUGAGAGCCCAACUGCGAAGCCAGCGGUCCAAUCUAUAUACAACAAUAUGGAUAUGGAGCUUGACAUGGACACCUCAAAUUUUGGCACUCCCAAGCAAACGCCUUCGUUUACCGUGAAGCGCUUGCCAAUACACUUGACACCUAAUUUGCCGCAGCCCAAAAAACGCAACACGCACUUGCCAGUCAAAAUGGAGGACGAGAAUGUUAGCUCAGCGAUUGAACUGGAGGUAUCAGCACAAAAGCUGGAGCAAUCAACGCCCGCUAGGAACCGAUCACGAAUUCCCGUCUUAUCCAAAUCAUUGAAUUCACCUUGGCGUGAAACGGAGCAGCUGGACGGCACUGUGCAGAUGGUGAGGGCAGUAAUGAUGGGGCAGACACGCUGCCAGAAAAUGGAGAUCACUCACCUGACGGAAGAUAAGGCGAAAACGCAACCAGAUAUGUAUGAGGAUAACCCCAUAACCAUUUCGGAUGUGUCAAAUCAUUUUACGGCGCAGCGAGAAUUGGCCAAGCGUUGUCACGCCAAUAAAGCUGAGCAGCAGGCCAAGGAAUCAUCCAUUGAAAGUCGCGGCUCAAAUGAGCAUUGCAAUAAAAGCUAUGCGACAACCCAUAAACGGUUUAUAAAUCUAAGUGGCGAUACCGUAAUCCUUGCCGCUGCUGAAGUUCUUGACGAUGAGUCGGAGGUUUAUGAAAUUGAUAAGACACGACUCAGCCUGGUGUCGACCUUGCUGGACGAGGAGGACGACAGAGAAAAAGAAACGGCUCAUAGCAACAAUAUCGAAUCAGAGUCCAAUGCCGAAUCUGAUGCUUGUCUUGAGCAGCUGAAUCCACCGGCAGUGGCUGGAGCAGCGGAUGCGUGCAAAAAAUGCAAGCAUUGCAGGCGUUCAAUGGACAAUGCGACGGCGCGCAACAUCUCUGCGGAUUCGUUCGAAUUGCCGGAUAGCCCUGAUCUAGAAGAGCAGUUUGAACGUUUGGAUAGAUUGCGACAACGGCCACGUCUUGAGGAUGUGCACAAGUAUUGGGAACUGAAAAAACUGGAACUUAACCCCGACGAUGAAGAUGAAGAAAAGACGCACAACCCCAUAAGCGAUACAAGUAGCUUAAGUCUAUCACAAAUGCUUGAGAUGUUUAACAACAAGUGCGAAGAGUACAAGCAAUGCUGUCCAAAACCAAAACCAGUUGAAAGGUUUGUCAAGUGCUUGGAGGACUCAUUGCACGCCCAGUUGCCCAAUUGGAUAUUUCAUGAUAAUCUUAAAUAUUAUCGUAAAUACAUUUUCUCACAUCGUAAAAUAACCACAUUUCAAAUCGUUAUUGAUUAUGAGCCGUUGGACUUACUGGAAAGUAAGAUACGCGUGAGCAGCAUUAAAAUGAGAAAAUCGAACAUACCUCCGAAGUUCCCAUUAUGGAAUGUCUACGAUCAUCUGAUGGAUUUUCAGCUAAAGCUUAAUCUGCCACUGAACCUGGAUCGCCUGUUCGAUGGCAACGAAGUUGAAGAUUUUGUCAAAUUCUUACACCACAUAGAUGGAGUCUGCUCAAGAGUAUAUAGCAUAUGUAAAAACAUGAAAAUGGUGUUGACUACAGCAGGAGCACGGCUAAUAAGAGAAUCAAAUCGCAUUAUUCUGAGAAAGACAGUGCGUCGAUUAAUUAAGAAGGAAGAUGAGGCAUUUGCGCGUAUGGAGAAAAUCAACUUCAAAAUUGAAAUCGGUAACGUUCAGGAGAUCUCUUUCAAGGAUAUUCUGCAGCCAACUCUAUAUCAAUUCGAUGAGAAAAUUCAAUUUUUACCAAAGGGUAUCGCAUUUUUGGACGCCUUCUUGCAAAAUCCCGAUCAAUUUCUAAGGCGUAAUGUCGAACACAAUAAUUAAAGUUUUAUUGUGGAAGAUUUGGUGAGCCAGAGAUGUAACCAAUCCGACUUGUUUUAUACAUCAAAUAUUAAGAUAUUCAAAGUUAUGUAGUAAUUAUUUUAGAUGUACAUUACAUUUAUAAUCAGUUUGCCAAUCAAUACUUUUAAAGACUUUUUUGUUGUUCUCUUUUUUUUGUUUGCAUUCUAACUAAAAAUUAAAGUUCUUAAGUUAUUUACAUUGAAUAUAACACAAUAUAAAAGUCGCUUUUUAAAUAAUUGUUCAUAUUGACAUAUUUUAAGUAUGGCAUUAAGUUAUACCAAACGGAAACAGAAAUAAAUGUGAAUAUUCAAAAAUUAA